AUGGCCGACAGCUUGAAAAUCUUUCUCCAGGACCUGGUCCGGGGAAUUAAAGAUUCCAUCUGGGGAAUUUGUACAAUCUCUAAGCUCGAUGCCCGGAUCCAGCAGAGGAGGGAGGAGCAGAGGAAGAGACGGGCAAGUAGCGCCCUGGCCCAGCGGAGAGCUCAGAGUGAAGAGAGGAAGCCAGAGAAUGAACCGCGGAUUGUCACCCGAAUAUUUCAGUGUUGUGCGUGGAAUGGAGGUGUAUUCUGGUUGAGUCUGUUUUUAUUCUACCGAAUGUUCAUCCCGCUACUGCAGUCUCUCACCGCGCGCAUUAUUGGUGAUCCAUCCCUACACGGUGAUGUCUGGUCGUGGUUGGAAUUCAUUCUCACGUCGGUGUUUAGUGCCCUCUGGGUUCUGCCACUCUUUGUGCUGAGUAAGGUGGUCAAUGCCAUUUGGUUUCAGGACAUAGCAGAUCUGGCAUUUGAGAUGUCUGGCAGAAAAGCACAGCCUUUCCCCAGCGUCAGUAAAAUUAUUGCCGACAUGUUAUUUAAUCUCCUGCUUCAGGCACUCUUCCUCAUCCAGGGAAUGUUUGUCAGCCUGUUCCCGAUCGAUGUGAUUGGACAGCUCAUCAGUCUUCUCCACAUGUCUCUGCUCUACUCCUUGUACUGUUUUGAGUAUCGAUGGUUCAACAAAGGAAUCGAGAUGCACCAACGGUUAUCCAACAUCGAACGCAACUGGCCCUAUUACUUUGGAUUUGGUUUACCCUUGGCCUCCUUGACAGCCAUGCAGUCCUCUUAUAUUAUCAGUGGCUGUCUGUUCUCCAUCCUCUUCCCGCUCUUCAUCAUCAGUGCUAACGAAGCAAAAACACCUAUCAAAGCUUAUCACUUCCAGCUGCGACUCUUCUCACUGGUGGUCUUCCUCAGUAACCGGCUUUUUCACAAGACAGUCUACCUGCAGUCCACACUCGGCACCUCCACCAGCCCUCACCCAUCACCUGCCAAACACAAGGCCUCAUUAGGGCAUUGA